AUGUUAAUAGCCUUGCUUGGCAAUGCUCUUGAAAAUGUGGAAGGUGAUAUCAUUAGACUCAAGGAUCAGGCUGCUGAGCUACAAAACUUUCUGAUCUUGAAAGAACGAGAGACGCUUGAGGUGGUUAAGAAGCUUGACGCGACUAAAGCCACAAUUAAAGAGCUUAUCAAUAAGCAGCAGAAGAAGAAUGAUGAGGAGGAGACGUUGAUAGAAGAAGUUGACGGUUGUAUCAAGCCAGCGGGUGUUGUACCAAAAGAUAUAAGCAAGGCAAAUAUGAACAUGUGCAAGAAAACUGUAGAUCUUGCGGGUAAACGUGGGUCUGUUGAGGUCUUGAAUAGCCAGCUGCAAGCAGAAAAUACUGCACUUGAGAAGACCUGCGAGAGACUUACGCAAAAAGAGAGACUAUGGUUUGCUAAGAAUGGUGUAACCAGCGAAAAAGGCAUAGUGCUUUGGGAGCAUCAAGGGGGAUUACGUGUUUACAUGAUCAUUUCGACCACAGUAUCAUUCAUUCACUUGGACGUGAAAGCUGCGAACAUAUUGUUAGAUGAACAAGUUGAUGCUGUGGUUAGAAAUUUUGGGCUUGCAAAGCUAAUGAAUUAUAACUACUCUUAUGUGAUAAUUAAUGUAUGCGGUAUAAUUGGCCAUAGUGCCCCUGAGUACUUUUUGACAGGGAAAUCUUAUGUAAAAACUGAUGUUUUUAGCCUUUUACCUUUGUGGUGA